UUAGUGCAUGCGUGUGUUUUACGAUGUUAAGUGAAAAAAUGUUCAUGUGAUUUGUGAUUUCGUAUGCCGUUUAUAGGAAAAAUGUUAACGGUGUAUUUUCUUAUGUCAUUAAUGACGGUUGUGAUUGAGCGAGUGCAAUCCCAAGAGAGAACUAACGAACAUCAAGGCCCCCAAAUAUGUGGAGGGCGGUUAAAAGGCUCCGUAGGGACGAUUCAGACGCCUAAUUUCCCCAACGCGUUCCCCGUCCCCAUCAAGUGCAAAUGGAUCAUCGAGCACGACAUAGUGAACGGCACUAUAUCUAUAUACUUCACGCAGCAGUACAUCACUAGUGGGUUGACGUUUACGGAGUAUAUGUACUAUGACGACACGUACAAGUUGGGGGAGAGGCGGGCCCUCACCGUCACCGAAGAGAACAUAACUAGGAUUAAGUGGUUGCAGGUCCAAAGUCCAGUUCUAGUGGUGGAGCUAUCUCUUGACCGACUAGAGGGUACGCAGUUGAGGGCGCUGGGGCUGCUUCAGGUGUUUGGUCUAAACGUAACCUUCGCCGUGAGGCCUCCUGCCCUUCCGUCCCCCCAGCCACAGGCGUCUUGCAGUGCUAUCGAAUGUCGACUUCUCGGACAUUGCUACGCUACAAAUGAUUAUUCGGAAUUCUUUUGCUCCUGUUUCGAAGGCUAUUCUGGUUUAGACUGCGGGAUUGGCCCUCUUUGCCCUAAAACACCGAAUAUGUGCAAGAAUGGUGGCACGUGUAGGCAAGUGGGUCCUGCGGCAGUAAGUUGCAUUUGUGCAUCGGGUUACACGGGAGACCUUUGCGAGUCAGAAAUAUCGUCACCAGAAUGUAGCGUUGAAGAAUGUUCGGAGAAUUGCAAGGAGGGGAAAACAUGUGAUUGCAGUCCAAGGGAUACUGAUCUUUCAUCAGCCCGCUUUGAAACCAGAGUACAAAUUGUUGAACAAGGAAUAAAGGACAUAUCCCAAGAAUUAGUCAAACAGAUUACGGGGUACUUACAAGCAUCGAAUAUCACUUUACACGACGAAGUGGAAGUUCUAAAUAUAAGUUCUACGGGUAAGUCUCGCACCGCCUGGGUGAGAGUUUGGAGUGCAAGGAGAGAAUCUGGAGCUGUGCGAUCAGCAUUGGCCCGUCUUGCGGUGGCGCGUGCGCCGUCAGAUGCUAGAGCACUUCGUCUAGUCCCUGAUACAUCAUAUUUACACGUACAGCCUGCUCUUACGCUACACAAAUUAAUAGUAAACCAACGUCCUGAAGUGUGGGAGGGUUCAGAGUUUAUACUCAGUUGUGUUGCGUAUGGAUCGCCAGAUAUAUCGUUUACAUGGUUUAAGGAUGGCGUGAAGAUUAAUUUUAAUGGAACUAAUAGAGAAAUCUGGACUCGUACAGUAGCAGAAGACGCGUUAGGGCGGCGUAUGUCUGUACUAGGUGUUUCAGAAGCAAAUAAAUUAGAUAGUGGGAAAUGGUCAUGCGCAGCUGAUGAUGCGGGAAGACGACGAUGUAGUGCCUUACGGAUAACUAUACUUAAUCCGCCUGAUAUAAGGCUAAUGCCAUCGACGUUGACUGUUAAUAAGGGAGACAAUGUGAGUAUUACAUGCCUUGCUGGAGCGGGACGGGUGCACGGUGCCCUAGGGUUCAGUUGGGCAAGAGAACGUGGUUUGCUCCCUCUUGUACCAGGAAGGGAACUCUGGGAAGAUCUUUACCCAGCAGGGAGCUUGCUUAGACUGUUUAAUAUACAGAAAUCUGGUGAAUUUCGUUGCCAAGUGUCUUCAGUUGCUGGUACCAAUUCGAAGUCUAUAAACGUAUGGACGUUAGGGGCGAUGGACGAUGCGUGUGAUACUGACACAUCUCAUGGUCUCCGUUGGGCUAGAACAGCUCCUGGAGCCAAUGCUAUAGCGAACUGUCCGCCUGGAUACAUUGGGGAAACUAGUAGGUUUUGCGAGCCGAAAACAACACAACACAGCGUGAAAUGGAAUUUACCAAAUUUUUCGGGCUGCAUUGCAGAGUCGUUGCGAAGCAUUUAUGAAGAGUUUAUCAGAAUUUCCUAUGGUUAUUCAUGGGAAUUGAUUCAAAAUAUAGCGAGGCAGUAUGGGGCUGUACUCGCAUCUCUGCCAGCCUUACCAGGGUCAGCCAGUCUCCCCCUUGAUCAUUCUAUACAAAUGCUGAACUUUCUACGUUCACCAGCCUCUAAAGGCGCUGAGAGAAUUAGCAGUACUGAGCCAUUGUUACAGAUUUAUGACACGUUGUUGAGGCACCCCGAUGCUUUUUUGGAUGAAGAGAAAAUCUAUAAACUGCAGAAUGCAAUAGCAGAUACAGCAUCACUGAGGACAAAUUUUGAGAAAAACUACCAAGAGUUUUUCGUGAAAACCCAUCCAGUCCUUGAUGAUGCCGCGCAUUUUGAUUUUCCAAGACAGUUUGGGCCUCAAGAGUGGUCUCUGUUAUCUGUAGGAGUUGAAUUAUUGGACCGAGCAGAGAAUGUAUCAGUAGUGGCUGUUUUGUAUAAGGAUCUUGCAUCACGCUUACCGUCGCUUCGAAGAUCUGUAGAAUACAAGGCUGGUCGGGAAGUGGAAUACCGAAUGUCAUCUGCGCAGACGCAGCUCUCGGCCAAUGGAGAUAAUAUCGAUCCUACAAUGCAGCAUACUGUAACACUCUUAUUUGUACACCGGAAGAAUUAUAGUUCUAUAGCGUCAAAGCUAUCAUGUGCGUUACGCACGCGCAAUGAAGCAAGCUCAUGGAUUCGCAAUGCGUGUGAAGUGCGGAUACCGGAGCCCACGCACGUAUCGUGUCGGUGUCGCGGUCUUGGAACGUAUGCAUUGUUCACUGUUGCAAGAUCAACGCUGACAGAUACAGAAAAGGACCUACGCGGAGUGGUGAAGAUUACCGUGGGUUUGGGAGGAGCUCUCUGUCUUACUGCAGCGGCUUUGCAAUUGAUAGCGCUUGUGCCGGCACGUAAAGCUCAUUUGCCUACAUUACUAAAGGCAGCAACAGCUGGUACGCAUUCAGCUGCUCUGUUUACGUUGUUGGAGUGUGAAGAUGGGCAGGAGGAAGCAUGUCCCGGGGCGUUAGGGUGGGUAUGUGCAGCUUGUUGGUGCGCUGGUUGCGGCGCGUUAUGCGCUCAGCCGCUUCUCUUGCAAGCGGAGUUGGGGUCCAGAGCGCAGCGUGCGCCCUCUGUUGGUCUAUUAGCAGGUGUGUGCAUCCUAUCUUGGCUGACAGCUCGCCUAUGGGGCGGCGCCCCACUACAGCUGGGAUCCGCCGCCCAACUUGUCUGUACCGCUGGAUGUGCUCUUCUCACGUUAUUAUGCCUGGCUCUGACCUUGUGUGCCACACUGCGACUUAGGAUCAUAAGGCAUAAAGUGCCUGCUGAACGACGCUCAUAUUUUAAAGACAGGACUCGUGCGAUUCGUCACACUGUGAUAUUGUUAGUAACGACAUCCGCAGUACAAGUGGCUGGAGUCGCAUAUGCGCAGCCAACAGAUCGUAAUGUGGCGCACGUCGCAACUUUUGCAUCAGCCGCUCUUGCAAAUGGCCUUGCAAUAUUCCUUUGCUAUGUGUUAUGCGAUGAGGAGUGCAUACGAAUGGCGCGACGUGCGACGUCAUUACCCGGUGGCAAUAGUUGCCAACAUCAACGUGCACCUGACACUUCGCUUAGCUUGUAUAUCAAGCAGAGUGGUGAAGUGGAAAGCUGCGCAGGCGCUGAAGCAAGUUCGUCUUCACCGCUUGCCACAUAUCCUCACGUGCUUAACAGUCCAAGUAUAUACAGAAGACGCUCCAAUCCUGACAUCCGUGCCGAUAUCGUACGAUGCGUCGAAUACCGGGACCAUAGCGUACGAUACGACAACAGUGUCACGCGAGUGUGUGAUUUAAUACCGCACCCUGACCCCCAUUUAGCCCGAGUGUGCGUGGAAAUGGGUGCAACUACCCCCAUUUUAACGUGCUCAGUCGACUUCGAGCCAUACACAAAACGUUUCGACACCCCAGAAGAAACUUGCAACAUCUGCGUACAAUCCAAUCCCGAUAUAUCCAAAAUUCCCUUUAAAAGUUGCCUCAAAAAGUCAAAGGAUUUAGCGUCUUCAGUAUCCCUACCUUCAAUUGAAGUGAAAAGUGAAAAUUUCAAGACUAAUAUCGAACAAGUGAAUCGAAAGUGGAAUAAAGCGUACGAUUCUAGUGAGACUAAAGAAGUGAUAAAUAAAAUAACGAACGAUCUUGACUUUUUAUUGAAUAGGACUCUGAAGAGAAAAGAUUCGACAGAACCAACUUGAAUCAAAGUGUAAAUAGCUUAAUUAUUAUAGGGUAUAUCGAAUUUUAAAAAGAAUAAUACAAUCUCACUAUAUAAUAUAUUUAUUAAUCAAAUAUGUUUAAUUUGUGCUUUUCUUAACUCCAUAAAUAUUCAAAGAAGCAUCUACUGUUUUGUUUAACAGCGUCGUUCAUUAAGAGUUGGCAGUAACUUAAGCCAAUUAGUAAAUAUUCACCACACAACUAAAUUAAAUUUAAAAGCUUUCAUAGCUUUAAAUUCGGUAUUGGAAUGUUUUGAGAUCUAUAAUUAUUGACACGAUGAACGAUUGUGAGUAGCUGUGGACUAAUUUACUUCACGUUCAUUAUUAUUCCAUAAGAAAGGGAGCG